AUGGCGACUGGUGAGAGGCGAUCAAAUCUCAGGUUGCUCAGGACGUGUUCGGUUCUGGACGAAGGCACGUGCGCGACUCGCCGUGGAGACUGUCUCAGGAGGGAAAAGAAAUACAGGCAGAAGAAGAUUCUGGAAGCAGCACAAAGAAGAACGAGUCUAAAGAAGUGUCGCAAGGAUCUCCGCGAAUAUAAUAUUCCGCUAGCAGCCUUGCUGAGCGAAGACGGGACUCGCACGUCUUCUCGUCGUGAGAUGGAAAUCAUUACGGAGAGGUUCUGCUCGAACCUUUUCCGUUCAUCAACUCCUGUGUCAAGCCCGAUCAUCCCCACUGAUGAAGCUCCACCACGGAUUCUCCCUUCGGAAGUACGAGUCGCUACCAAGAUCAUGAAACUUGGCACAGCCCCCGGACCUGAUUCUAUAUCAGCAGACUUUCUUCGGGCUCGUCUUCAUCCGCUUCAUGGAAUUGUAGCAGCGCGCAUGACUUCCUGUCUUCAGAGAGAAAGAAUCCCAGACCAGUGGAAGACCUCGCGAACCGUUCUUAUCCAUAAGAAAGGUUACCGAGAGGACCUUCGGAACUACCGUCUGAUAUGCUGA